AUGGCUCCACUCACUCUCAGCGCUUUCCACUGGCGAAAGAAGGGACUCACUCCAGAGGAAUUCAAGAACCACUAUGAAACAGUCCACAUCCCUAUUCUCCAAGAAAUAAUUGGUGAUAAGUUCCCAAAAACGCACACGAGACAUUAUGUGGUCCGAAACUCUGAAGGAUCCACGUCUGAUGAUAAGUCCAACUCGAACUAUAAAGCAAGUGUUUAUGCUGGCACGAACGCCGAGGAUUUCGACUACGAUGUGUAUAGCGAGCUCGUCUUCGAGGACGAGGCAAGUUUCAAGGCUUUUGAAGCUGUUAUGUUUGAUCCAGUUUUGGGCCCGAAGAUCAAUGAGGACAGCGUUAAAUUCAUAGAUCAUGUAAAAAUGGUUUGGAUCAACAUUUCUGAGUCUACCACGGCUCGGACAUCCAAAUAG